AUGGACCCGUCGGUGGCGCCGGGCAUUGUCAAGGAGGAGCUCCUGGAGCAGCAGCAGCCGGUGCAGGACGGUGUGGGUGGCGGCGGGGGUGCGCCGCGCCCGAUGGAGGGGCUGCACGAGGUGGGCCCCCCGCCGUUCCUCACCAAGACCUUCGACCUGGUGGAGGACCCGGCCACGGACGCCGUCGUCUCCUGGAGCCGCGCCGGCAACAGCUUCGUCGUCUGGGACCCGCACGUCUUCGCCGACUCGAUGCUCCCACGCCUCUUCAAACACAGCAACUUCUCCAGCUUCGUGCGCCAGCUCAACACCUAUGGCUUCAGAAAGGUUGAUCCUGACAGGUGGGAGUUUGCAAAUGAAGGUUUCUUCAGGGGUCAAAGGCACCUGCUGAAGAUGAUAAAGAGAAGGAAGCCACCAUCAGCUGCACCACCAUCGCGACAGCAGCAGGCCCCUGCUUCUUGCCUGGAGGUUGGUGAGUUUGGAUUUGAGGAAGAGAUUGAUAGGCUGAAGCGCGACAAGAACAUUUUGAUCACAGAAGUAGUAAAGCUAAGGCAGGAGCAGCAAACUACUAAAGAUCAUGUGAGGGCCAUGGAGGAAAGGCUACGAGUGGCUGAACAGAAGCAGGUACAGAUGAUGGGGUUCUUGGCAAGAGCAAUGCGGAAUCCAGAGUUCUUCCAGCAGUUGGUCCAGCAGCAAGACAAGAGGAAGGAGCUCGAGGCUGCCAUCUCAAAGAAAAGAAGGCGGCCCAUUGACAACGCUCCGUUCUACAGUCCUGGGGAAACAAGUCAGGGCGAGCAGCUUGAUUCACAGUUUAUGUUCGAGUCAGAUGUGCUCAAUGGGCUAAGUGAACCUGGAAUGCCUGAGCUGGAGAAUUUAGCAGUGAACAUUCAGGAGCUUGGAAAGGGAAGCAUAGAUGGCGGGAAGGUGGCUCAAGCUAGUGAUCAGUCAGAGCUGAAUGAUGACUUCUGGGCAGAGCUGUUGGUCGAAGACUUUGGAGACAAGGCAGGACAGUUAGAGUUAGAGGCAAGAACUGAAGACGUGGAUGACCUUGCUCAACAAUUGGGGUAUCUGAGUUCUAGCCCAAAGUAG